UUGAAAACAGACGUAUUGUUAUAAAUAUGUAUAGGUUUUUGUUAGUUCUUGGACUGGCGUCGGCUUUGCCAAAUCCUCGCACUGAUCAGAAUUCAAUAGAACCAACAGCGGAGAAUACAUCGAAAUCGUUGAGAAAGGAUUGUUCAAACGGCAUUUUUAGUGUUACGUGUUUGAAAAUAGAAGCAAUAUCAGUGUUGGAGAAAUUGAGUUCGAGGGAUGAACUGAAUUUGUUGCCAGGAAUCAGUGUUGUGAAAGAAUCUAAGGAAAAUGAUAGUAAGGCCGAGGAGUUCGCUGCUGAUCUUGCGAGGGCGUUCCCUUCGAAACCCGAGGAGAGAUUGGACAAAUAUCUUUUGUAUAGAUUGGGAAGUUAUCUGGACAACCAUUCAGUGAAGCUGAGAUUGAUGGACAGUGGUGCAACUGAAGAGGCUCGAGCUAUGAUGAGUGAAGGUCGUGGGAAAGGAGACAUGUUGGGGGGCGGCAAGAAAGGCGGUAUGGGUGGAUUAGUUGUUGCUGCUAUGAUGAUGAAGGGUACUUUAAUGACUAUAGGACUCGGUGCUCUUGCGUUAUUAGCAGGAAAGGCUCUCAUGACAGCAAUGAUGUCCCUUCUGUUGUCAGGGAUCAUCGGUCUAAAGUCUCUGACAGGGGGCAAGUCAUCGACGUAUGAAGUCAUAGCAAAACCCGUAUACGCUGGUCACGAUGAAGGAUACGGUCAUUCUAGUUAUGGAAGGAAUUUAAAAAUAAGACGAUAGAAAACAAAUGCUUAUGUUUUUAAUAAGAUAUUUUGAUUAUUUUGCUGUACUUAGUAAUUAUUCUGUUCGUUUACGGGUAGUUUUUGGUGAUUUCAGAAUUAUUUAUUUAAUUUAUUUGUAGUGUUAACCAUUUAUUUAAGUAGGUUUAGAGCUAAAUAUUAAAUUUAUUUUUUAUUUUUAUUUUAU